CGGCGGGGGCGGGAGCGAUGAGUGGGGCCUGAUGAGCGAGCGGCGCGGCGGCAGCGGCCCGGUAACGGUGGCAGGUGUCUGUGCCUCCGACUUCGGCACCCGCGACAUCGCCCCCUCGGCGCCCGGGGACUGGGAGGGCGGCUCGGCGCGGUGGCACUAUCUCGGGGAGAAGAGUGUAGCUUAGUGUUAUGGGUGAUACAGAAGAAGCUAAAAUGCAGAUAGCACCAGAAACUCCAGGACGAGUUGCAAUCCUGAAUCCAUUUGAAAGUCCCAGUGAUUAUUACACUCUUCAGGAGCAGAUUGUCUCCAGUCCUUCGGUCUUUAAGUCAACAAAAUCCUCAUCAACACCAGGAAAAUUUAGAUGGUCUAUUGAUCAACUUGCUCUAAUAAAUCCUGUGGAAAUUGACUCAGAAGAUGUUCGACGUCAAGCAAUGUAUUUGAGCCAUGCUAGAAUUGAUAAGGAGACAGAAGACAGAAGGCAAAAAGCUAUUGAGGAGUUUUUCACAAAAAGGCUCAUAGUUCCUUCUCCUUGGACUGAACAUGAAGGCAAACAAGUUUCUCAAUUUAAUUCAACUAAAUCCAUUGAUCUAAAUAACAUUUCUCCAAUUGGAAGACAGCUAAGCUUGCAGCCUGGAAAGAGCAAUGCUGCUUGUCAGACGGUACUGUCUUUGCCAGUGGAUAUUAAUUUAGAGAAAAUACUAGGUGAAUAUUUUAGAACUGAAGAAUUUGCAGAUCAAUCUCAGGAAAAUCUAAGCUCUUCAUCACUCAGAAGAAAGCUGUUUUUAGAAGAAAAUGGAAGUGUAUCUGCAUGUUUGUCCCCUUCUCUGCAUAGUCCAUGCAGUAGUCAGCCACUUGGAGUGCUUUGUUCAAUAGAAUUAUCACCAGUCCGGUGCAGAAGCCCUCUGGACACAUCUAGUUCAGGCCAGUUUUCUUCAAGUCCUAUUCAGGGAGGAACAAGAGCUUAUAGUCUGGGAAGUAUAACCAGUCCCACAUUUUCAGAGGGGUCUCCUGCACGUAGUGGUUCUCCUACUUUUUCACCAAUUGCUUUUCACAUAAGAAAAACACCACUCUCAGACCAAAGAAAAUUUACAUUUCGUUCUCCAGAUAUUCCUUCUUCCUCAAAUAGAAUGACACCGCCAAGUACAAGAAGUCCUUACAUAGAUGGUUGUUCUCCAAUUAAAAAUUGCUCUCCUAUGAGGCUUGGAGCUUGUAGAGGGACUGCCCAGUAUCAGACUUCUGUCAUUAGAAUACCAAUUGCAGUUGAGACUCACGAUGAGGAUGAGGAAGAUAAGGAAAAUGCUUCUCCAGCAGAAGCUCGGUUCCCAGAAAUGGAUAAUGGAAUAAACUUAUGUCAGGAAGACAGUGAUACUUUUGCACAUGGUACACAUCUUGUGGUGGCAACUGUGUCUAUUGCACCAGAUCACUCAGAAGCUUGUCAUCAAAGGUUGUCAUCAUUUCAGGAUAUAGAAGGCUUAAAAGAAAAUAAUACUGUAGAUAUGGCUGAUGCAGCUGAAGUGUCAGAGGAAAACACUUGGAUAAAAGAAACAAUUGGCAAUAGCAAUACACCAAUGACCAGCUUUAUGACAGGCAUUACUUUCAGUAUUGAAAGCUCUCGGAUGUGCAUGUCACCUCUUGCCGAAAGCAGUGCAAUUCCUUGUGACAACAGUAGUAUUCAGGUGGACAGUGGUUACAGUACACAGACUUGUGGAAACAGCAUUAUGGAUACUGCGGGGGCUGAAAACAGCUGCAGAGAAAAUGAUGUGAAUACUGUAGUUUUUCAGAAUAAAUCUCAGAUGCUUAGAACAAAGGAGUGUUCUGUUUUAAGCCAUAAGGACAAUCAGUUGCUGAGAGCAAAAUCUCCAGAGACGCAAUCCUGUUUCCAAAAGGCAAAACCACAUACUACAAUAUUUGGAAAAAAUGCAACUUGCAAUAUUUCUGCUUGGAAACAUAAAAAUUAAAAUCAAGGUCAGGAAUUUCACAAAACUGGUAUGUAGUUUUCUGAUGGAGAAUUUGUGUUGUCUAAUAAAUUUUUAUACAUAUGAUCUCAGUUACCUGGAUUAUACCUACCUUUUUGCUUUGUUAAUGCAAAUGUAAUAAAUUUUCUGUUAUAUAUUAGGGGAGUUUUUAAAUAAUGUGGGAUUUUUCAGGUCUUAUGAACAAAUUUAUUGGUAUUAUUAAGUGAUCCUUUUUUGAAAAUUAAGGCGUCUAGAGUUAGUACAGAGAAACAAUACUUUUUUUUCAGAAUUGUGUUCCUUCUGUGAUUAGGGUAGAUUCCAUGAGGAAUCUUGUCUUGAAAGUUUGGACAUAGCUUCAACUUCCAGAUGGGUGUUUCAGAUAGAUUGAGCAAACCUAGGAUAACUUGCAUAGGAACAAACAUAACUGCAAAACCAGCUACAUUUUAAGAUUUGUCCCUCCUAAAAGCAUGAGGGACAUUUUUUUUGUGGGGGAGAGAAAAAGGAAAGGAAUAUUCAUUUUGAUUUGGAUUGCUUGUCCCCAGUCAGAUUUAUUGUGUGGCUUCAUGAAUACUAGCACUGGUAACAAGAGUGAGUCACUGAACAGAAAUGAACUGCUGGGGGUGUGAUGAGAGCAAACCCCAAAGUUUAGUUCUUUUAGUAAUACAAAAUAAGCUUUAUGUCAAAAGCAGCUAUUUAGCAGUUCUCUGAAUAGCUUUUAGCUUGGUUUGACAGAAGGCUGCCUGUCUGUCAGUUAGAUUCACUAUGUACUUGAGUAAAAUGUAUUAUUGGUUAUUUAAAAUUAAAUUGUAGUGUCGCUUUAGUAAUUGUAUUAGUACUAACCUUGGAGCUGAUCACCUGACUCCACCAGUGCCUCCUAAGAACACUUGCGUCCAAACUGAUGCUCCAGUACACUUCAGAAGGAACAUA